AUGUCGAAAUCAAAAACGUCAAAUUUGACAUUGGUUUUGGCGACUUGGUCUUCUUCACUUCCCGAUAGUGUUUUAAACAAGACAGAAGUUUUCCCAUUCUCUGAUGGCCAGCAGCACAUUGUGCGGCCGUAUUCAAAAGCCGAAGAGUCAUUGUUUCUUCGUUUUUCCUUCUCUGCUGUUGUUCUAUGCACGAUCGUUGGCAGUCUCUUGGUCUGUGCCGUCAACAUAAAGAACAAAGGGAUGCUUAAGAGUCCAUACAACGUGAACAUAUUUCAUCUGGCGAUUACCGACUUGCUAGUUGCAUUCGUGGUUUUUCUGACACCAGGAUUUACUUUCCUUGAGAUACCCUCUCCGCCUGAGGGAAAACUUAGCGGUGAAAUAUUUUGCCGUAUCAUUUCAUCGCACUUUUUAACCUUCAGUACCGCGACUACGUCAGUUUACAUCACCGUGGCCCUCGCCACCGAACGCUGGUACGCAGUUGCCAGACCACUGCAAUAUCGUGCCAAAUUCCACAAAAAACGACUCAUUUGCGAAGUUUUUAUAAUCUGGGGAUUAUCUCUUUGCGCGAACGCUUUGCUGCUUUUCGAGGUAAAAUACAACCCGGAAAUGGACUCCUCCAAGCGCUGCGAGGUCACAAAGAUUCCAUUCACGGAUUCUAACACGUUCAAGAUCCUGGGAGUUGCUCAGUUUCUGGUGAAGUUUCUUAUACCGUUUCUGGUCACGUGUAACUUGUACUAUCGCGUGUUAAAGGAGACACACAAGUCACGCGUAAUGAAAUGUAGGAUCGGCAAUGACAUGCGUCAUAGCAUAUCACGGAUGGCAGCUGUGGCCACACUUGUCUUAACUAUAUGCUGGCUACCGAAUCAAGUGUAUUACGCCGGCUUCGCGUUUGACUUGGUCACACUCAAUACUCCAGUCCAUUACACCACCAUUGUGAUUGCAAUGAUAAACUCUUGUCUGAACCCGUUCAUUUUUGCGUUUCACUCAGUACAGUACAGAACUGGAUUCAGAAACCUCUUUUGUGGGGUAUCAGAAGAUGACAAACUGAAGCGAAUUAGGGGAUUGAGGAAAUUCAGGUUCACACAGUUCUUUAAUGCAUCCAGCAUUUCUGCGCCCCUUUCGCCCGGUUUAGGUCGUUCUUUUCGGGCCAAUGAAAGGCCUCAUAACAGCGUGGACAUUUCACCAUAA